AUAGAAACAUCAAUUGAUAGGACACACGACACGACAUCAUGAGCUAUAUUGAAGAAGAUGAAGAAGAGGACGAACUGCAGCUGAUCCUCGAGGGAAGGGAUCACGAGUUUGUCGCCGAUGACGACGACAACGACGGCGGCGACGUUGACAAUGAUUAUCGCGAAGAAGACAACAACAGCCGCAAAGAAUCUAAUCGCCGCCACAAGUCUUCACAACAACACUUACACUAUGAUGAAGACAACUAUACAAAGAUCAGAUCGUCGGCUAAGAAACCAUCAGUUAGUGGAUCAAAUAAAAGACGUGAAACUAGUAAUACAAGUAGUGCCGGUAAAAGUGGUCACAAGAGACAAAAACUGAGUCAAAAAUACGAUGAUUAUUCGGAAGAAGAUGAUGAUGGCUAUCGUGGUAUCGAUGAGGCCAUCGAAGUUAAAGAAAGACAGCCAAAGAAAGUAAUUGCACGACUAAGUGAUGAUAACGAUGGCGGCGGAGACGACAACAAUACCGAUACGGCAAAAGUCAAGGCAAAAGUUCGGCGAAUUGUGACCCAACGGAAACUGAUACUCAAUGAAAGCAAACUGAUGUCAAAAGACGGUAUCGCAAGUCUGCCCAAACUGUUUGCCGAUUUUAAGUUUGACGGAAAGGGUCACGAAUUGAAAGACUUGAAUGCAAUGAUGUUUCAGUUGAACCAUUGGGCGCACCGACUCUUUCCGAGCCUAACGUUUGAUGACUUUAUCGACCGAUGCGAACAAUUAGGACACAAGAAGGCGCUCAAGAAUUAUAUUUACAGAAUUCGAACCGAUAUGUCUGUGGAUUCGAUGGACAUUGUCGUCAAUAAGGACGACGACGACGAUAAUAACUUGUCUGACGCCGACAACAAUGCCUUUGCCAAAGACUUUGAUGCGAUUAUUGGCAAUACGGUGGCCACAAAUCCGGUGAAAUACGCGAACACGACAUCGUUGAUGACGACAUCCAUUGAAAAAGUUGUCGAUUCAAAUAUGGACGACAACAUGAGUGAUAUCAGCGACUUUUACGAUAUUCCUCGACAGUUCAAAACUAAUGACAAUAUUAUGCCAACCGAUGAGUUUAGUGUAGAGAAAAAAUCAAUUGACGACAAACUGUCGGAAAUCAAUGACGAUAACAACAGCGAUGAUAAUUUACAAGAAGUUAAGAAUGAAAAAGUAACACAAAAUAAUGACACAAAUAAAGACAAUGGUUUGAUAGUGAAUGAAAAGAGUGAAAUAGUGACACAAAAUGAUGAUAACAAUGAAGACAAUGAUUUAGUAAUGAAUGAAAAGAUUGAAAUUGAGACACAAAAUGAUGGUAAUAAUGAAGAGAACGAUAUAGUUAUGAAUAAAAAUAUUGAAAUUGAGACACAAAAUGAUGAUAAUAUUGAAGACAAUGAUUUAGUAAUGAAUAAAAAGAUUGAAAUUGAGACACAAAAUGAUGGCAAAAAUGAAGAGAACGAUAUAGUUAUGAAUAAAAAUAUUGAAAUUGAGACACAAAAUGAUGGCAACAAUGAUAUAGUAGUGAUGAAUGAUAAGCAAAAAAUUUCAGAUAACGAUAACAAUUCGGAUAAUGAAGAUAUAAGUGAAGAGGAACUGCUCAAAGAAAUCAAUUCAGAUUCAGAUGAUUGAAUGUUACGAUUAUUUUAUUAAUUAUUUAAUUUGAUUG